AUGAGAUCAUCAACAAAUACAAGUGUGGUGUCUCAAGCUCAGCAAGUUGCAUUAUGUGCUCCAUUCACUGCAGAUGAUGUGAAGGCUGCCCUCUUUGACAAUGAUCAUAACAAAUCAGCUGGGCCAGAUGGCUAUUCUAGUGGUUUUUUAAGGAUGCCUGGGGAGUUGUGGGGACUGAUAUUACAGAUGCAGUUCUGGACAUCUUUAGAACUGGUGGAGCAACCUGAGGAUGUCACUCAAUUCAGACCUAUAGCCUGUUGCAACGUCUUGUACAAGGUAAUUUCUAAGUUGCUAUGUACUAGGCUGAAAGUAGUUUUGCCUGGGUUUAUUGAUCCAGCUCAAAGUGCAUUUGUGGAGCAGAGGAUAGGAUUCUAUCCCGAUUUUUCAUUUGCUAGGCCUAUAGCGAAAAAACCUGUUUUUUUACGAUUACGAGGUUUAUUCGAAUAUGAAAUCCAAUUCUGGAUAAGCAUCCCGCUUUUUUUUACUACCCAGGGUUUUGAUAGAUUUCGAAAUAGAGAAAUAUCUACUGGAGCAGGUGCUAUUCGAGAACAAUUAGCCGAUUUGGAUUUGCGAACUAUUAUAGAUUAUUCAUUCGCAGAAUGGAAAGAGUUAGGGGAAGAAGGUCCUGCAGGAAAUGAAUGGGAAGACCGAAAAGUUGGAAGAAGAAAGGAUUUUUUAGUUAGACGCAUGGAAUUAGCUAAGCAUUUUAUUCGAACAAAUAUAGAACCAGAAUGGAUGGUUUUGUGUCUAUUACCAGUUCUUCCUCCCGAGUUGAGACCGAUCAUUCAGAUAGACGGAGGUAAAUUAAUGAGUUCGGAUAUUAAUGAACUCUAUAGAAGAGUCAUCUAUCGGAACAAUACUCUUACUGAUCUAUUAUCAACAAGUAGAUCUACGCCGGGAGAAUUAGUAAUGUGUCAGGAGAAAUUGGUACAAGAAGCCGUCGAUACACUUCUUGAUAAUGGAAUCCGUGGACAGCCAAUGCGGGAUGGUCAUAAUAAAGUUUACAAGUCAUUUUCAGAUGUAAUUGAAGGUAAAGAGCGAAGAUUUCGUGAGACUUUACUUGGUAAACGGGUCGAUUAUUCCGGCCGUUCCGUCAUUGUCGUAGGCCCUUCACUUUCAUUACAUCGAUGUGGAUUGCCUCGUGAAAUUGCAAUAGAGCUCUUCCAGACAUUUGUAAUUCGCGGUCUAAUUAGGCAACAUAUUGCUUCGAACAUAGGAGUUGCUAAGCGUAAAAUUCGGGAAAAAGAGCUUGUAUGGAAAAUACUACAGGAAGUUAUGCAGGGGCAUCCUGUAUUGUUAAAUAGAGCACCUACUCUGCAUAGGUUAGGUAUACAAGCGUUCCAACCCAUUUUAGUGGAAGGGCGCGCUAUUUGUUUACAUCCAUUAGUUUGUAAAGGGUUCAAUGCAGACUUUGAUGGGGAUCAAAUGGCUGUUCAUGUACCUUUAUUUGAGGCUCAAGCGGAGGCCCGUUUACUUAUGUUUUUUCAUAUGAAUCUUUUGUCUCCAGCUAUUGGGGAUCCUAUUUCCGUACCAACUCAAGAUAUGCUUAUUGGACUCUAUAUAUUAACGAGCGGGAAUCGUCGAGGUAUUUGUGCAAAUAGAUAUAAUCCAUGGAAUCACAAAACCUAUGAAAAUGACAGAAUUGACGAUAAUAAUUAUAAGUAUAUGAAAGAACCUUUUUUUUGUAACUCCUAUGAUGCAAUUGGAGCUUAUCGUCAGAAAAGAAUCCAUUUAGAUAGUCCUUUGUGGCUCCGGUGGCAGCUAGAUCAACGCAUUAUUGCUUCAAGAGAAGCUCCCAUUGAAGUUCACUAUGAGUCUUUAGGCACCUAUCGUGAGAUUUAUGCGCACUAUCUAAUAAUAAGAAGUGUAAAAAAAGAAAUUAUUUUUCUAUACAUUCGAACUACUGUUGGUCAUAUUUCUCUUUAUCGAGAAAUUGAAGAAGCUAUACAAGGAUUUUGUCAAGCCUGCUCAUAGGGUACUUAGUCAUAUUGUACCUAAGCUACGUAAUUCUCUGAUACCAGUGGAAUUCGAGUCUGUCGGGUUCAACUAGGAUCAUAAUUUGUGAAUUUUUAGGGGAAUUAAGAUCAAGAAAAGGAAGUUUUCUAAUCACUAACUCAA